AGACACACCAAAUUGCUCUUAACCUCUGUUAAAUUCUUGGAGAUUCUAUUUUGUUCAAUGCUACUUCAUGAUGUAGUCUUUUUUCUACAUAGCAGCUGAAGAUGAAUCAUUUUUGGCUUUUGAUCGAGAGAUGGAUGCUUUCUCAAUACUCCGGAGGGGAUACCACUGACUGGAAGAAGCAUACGUUAGUGGCAGACUGAACUGGAUGCUAUUGCCAAAGAAGUCAAACCGGAGCUAAUUUCAAGAGACAUAAGUUGCCGUUUGGCUCAAGUUUUGGAGGCAGUGAAUGUUGUUCUUUUUGAGUUAAGAGGCUUCAGGAGGUCACCUGUUGUUGGGGAUGCAAAGUACUCAUGCUUGCACUUGGUUCUAAGUUCUGGAUGUGGAAUUGGCUGACCAUCAUGGCUUCGGAAAGAUUGCUGAUUUUGCAACCACAUAAUUGGGCUUCGAGGAGAGACCAUGACAUGAUGUUAUACUACAACAGGCCAGGGACUAGCAUUUGCAUGGCUUUUGCCCCAGAAGAGGAGGCAGAAGUUCUAGAACCAUUUCUUGAGAAAUUGCGUCUGCUGCGGCUUGAACCAUCGUGGAAACCUUUACAUCACUCAAGUAAAUUUGAAGUCUCUUAGCUUUAUGUGUACAUAACCAGCCAUCAGUGCCUUGAUGGUUUACACAGAUAUCAGUUGCAUUUGCUUUUGUGAUGU